AUGGCAGACGAACGUAAUUUUCGCUCAACUUAUUACGAAAAAGUGGGCUGCCGCGGUGUUGAGGAACGAAAAUCGCUUGAGAUAUUGCUGAAGGAGAAACCCUUGAACUUGAACAAGUUGACACAGUUUUGCAUACGCUUUACUGUCCCCAACAUACAUCGGACAGUGUUAUGGAAUUCGCUGCUCGGCGUAACACCCGUUUACGAUAAAUCUCGCGAAUACGUCAUGGAGCAACGUAAUGCGGUGUACAAUGAUUUGUUGAAAGCACUAACAACGAUGCGGAUCGUGGAUGAAAAUACUCCAACGGCAAGGGUAUUUUACGCAAUGUGGCUAAUGGAGAAAAGGCAACUUACGCUGGGCCGCGACAUCACUCAAGAAAGCCAUUUCUGCAACAUUACCAAGGUGCUGUUAAAAAUUUUCGACAAUGAUAUCGAAACGUACUGGAUGGCUAAGAGUCUGUACGACUACUCAGAGGAAGUGGCCUUGGAAAUGGGCAAAUUGUCGGACCUUACCUACACAACACUCGAAAAGGAGGACAGUACACUGUACAAACACCUGAAAUCAUGUGAUAUGCUAACUACCCUGCCACUGGCCGACUGGUACCGAUCGUUCUUUGCCGGUGUGCUCUCGGAACCGGCCCUGAUACGUGUGUGGGAUAAGAUCUGUGGCGGAGCGAUUAAGAUUGUAGUUUACGUGAUGAUCGAAACGUUGCGGAUUCUUCGGUGGCGAGUGACACGCUGCACCGAACUAGACGCACUCUUGAAGUUGAUUGAAAGUAUAAAGAACGAGCAAGACACCGCUGAUGUGAUCGUUAAUGCAGCGAUCGAGCUGUGGCAACAAAACAAAGGCCAUGAGUUUAUUCCCCAGUCAAAGUUGAAAUCUGUGAGCUGAAGCAAGGAUCCGAUACACCAAGAUUUCCAGCGAAACAAAAGAACACAAUGUUAAUGUUUUUAUUUUUAAGUCCAGCUUGUUUUGUUUGAAAAACUCGUACUUUUAUGUAAGCAAUAAAAUACACGCAAUGAAAUGUUA